UAUUCACUGCUGCCCAUCACCUGUGGUGUCCACUGCUAGCUAGCUGUCCUGGUGAGUCCCCUGUCCUUGCUUUGAGCUUGUUGCUUGCCUCUCACCUAUCUUCAGCACAACUCUGACGCCCCUGCGGUUAGUUAGGCCUGACUUUGAGCCUUCUGGAAGUCUCUUUUUGCCCAAGAUCUCCAACCAGACCCGCCCGCCAUGUCUGCUGCGCCCGGCCUCCUGCGCCAGGAGCUGUCCUGCCCGCUGUGUUUGCAGCUGUUCGACGCCCCGGUGACAGCAGAGUGCGGCCACAGCUUCUGCCGCGCCUGCCUGAGCCGUGUGGCCGGGGAGCCGGCGGCGGACGGCACGGCGCCCUGCCCGUGCUGCCAGGCACCCACGCGGCCGCAGGCGCUCAGCACCAACCUGCAGCUGGCGCGCCUGGUGGAGGGGCUGGCGCAGGUGCCGCAGGGGCACUGCGAGGAGCACCUCGACCCGCUCAGCGUGUACUGCGAGCAGGACCGCGCGCUCGUGUGCGGCGUGUGCGCCUCGCUGGGCUCGCACCGCGGCCACCGCCUGCUGCCCGCAGCUGAAGCCCACGCGCGCCUCAAGACGCAGCUCCCACAGCAGAAGCUGCAGCUGCAGGAGGCCUGUACGCGCAAGGAGAAGAGUGUGGCUGUGCUGGAGCAUCAGCUGAUGGAGGUGGAGGAGACAGUACGUCAGUUCCAGGGGGCUGUGGGGGAGCAGCUGGGCAAGAUGCGGCUGUUCCUGGCUGCGCUGGAGGGCUCCUUGGACCGCGAGGCAGAGCGCGUGCGGAGCGAGGCGGCGGUUGCCUUGCAGCGGGAGCUGGGGAGCCUGAACUCUUACCUGGAGCAGCUGCGGCAGAUGGAGAAGGUGCUGGAGGAGGUGGCAGACAAGCCGCAGACUGAGUUCCUCAUGAAAUACUGCCUGGUGACCAGCAGGCUGCAGAAGAUCCUGGCAGAGUCACCACCACCAGCCCGGCUGGACAUCCAGCUGCCUGUCAUCUCAGAUGACUUCAAAUUCCAGGUGUGGAGGAAGAUGUUCCGUGCUCUGAUGCCAGUGGUGGAGCUGACCUUUGACCCGAGCACCGCCCACCCGAGCCUGGUGCUGUCUCUCUCUGGCCGCCGCGUGGAGUGCUCGGAGCAGAAAGCGCCGCCCGCCGGAGAGGACCCGCGCCAGUUCGACAAGGCCGUGGCGGUGGUGGCGCACCAGCUGCUCUCUGAGGGCGAGCACUACUGGGAGGUGGAGGUGGGCGACAAGCCGCGCUGGGCCCUCGGUGUGAUGGCCGCCCAGGCCGGCCGCCGAGGCCGGCUGCACACUGUGCCCUCGCAGGGCUUCUGGCUGCUCGGGCUGCGUGACGGCAAGAUCCUGGAGGCGCACGUGGAAGCCAAGGAGCCGCGGGCACUGCGCAACCCGGAGCGGCGGCCGGUGCGCGUCGGGGUCUACCUAAGCUUCCGCGACGGCGUCCUGUCCUUCUACGAUGCCAGCGACGCGGACGCGCUGGAGCUGCUCUUUGCCUUCCACGAGCGCCUCCCUGGUGCCGUGUACCCCUUCUUCGACGUGUGCUGGCACGACAAGGGCAAGAACGCUCAGCCCCUGCUGCUGGUGGGGCCGGAGGCCCAGGAGGCUUGAGCUGCCGGCCGGGUUGAGAGUGCAGGG